GGGCAGGGGAGUCCAGGAAUGAGCUUACCGCGGACCAUGCCCUGCAGAAGCUCUGUCUCCUGGAAUGAGCUGAAAUGUAUCCACAGAGAGCUGUUAUGGAAGGCAGCUAUGCUCACCACUAUACCACCAACGCUGCACCACAGAGAGCUGUUAUAGCUGAGCGUGCAGCCAACGCCCCAGGAGCCCACAGUGCCCAGCAGCCUGCCUCCACGUUGCCCCUGUCCGCUGCCAUGCAGCCCCAAUCAGUUCUGCACAGCGGCUACUUCCACCCACUGCUUCGCGCCUGGCAGGCAGCCACCACAACCCUCAGUGCCUCCAAUCUCAUCUACCCCAUCUUUGUCACGGACGUUCCUGAUGAUGUACAGCCCAUCGACAGCCUCCCAGGAGUGGCCAGGUAUGGGGUGAACCGGCUGGAAGAGAUGCUGAAGCCCCUGGUGGAAGAGGGCCUGCGCUGCGUCCUGGUCUUUGGAGUCCCUAGCAGGGUCCCCAAGGAUGAGCGGGGUUCUGCAGCCGACUCUGAGGACUCUCCGGCGAUCGAAGCCAUCCGCCUGUUGCGCAAGACCUUCCCCAGCCUCCUGGUGGCCUGCGAUGUCUGCUUGUGCCCCUACACCUCUCAUGGCCACUGUGGGCUGCUGAGCAAGAAUGGGGCAUUCCAGGCAGAGGAGAGCCGCCAGCGGCUGGCAGAAGUGGCCCUGGCCUACGCCAAGGCAGGAUGUCAGGUGGUCGCCCCUUCGGACAUGAUGGACGGACGCGUGGAAGCCAUCAAGGAGGCCCUGAUGGCCCAUGGACUUGGCAACAGGGUAUCAGUGAUGAGCUAUAGUGCCAAAUUUGCAUCCUGUUUCUACGGACCUUUCCGGGACGCGGCUCAGUCUAGCCCAGCUUUUGGAGACCGCCGCUGCUACCAGCUGCCGCCGGGAGCACGAGGCCUGGCCCUCCGAGCAGUGGCCCGGGACGUACGGGAAGGAGCCGACAUGCUCAUGGUGAAGCCGGGAAUGCCCUACCUGGACAUCGUGCGGGAGGUGAAGGACAAGCACCCUGAGCUCCCUCUUGCCGUGUACCACGUUUCCGGAGAGUUCGCCAUGCUGUGGCACGGAGCCCGGGCCGGGGCGUUUGAUCUCAAGGCUGCUGUUCUGGAGGCCAUGACCGCCUUCCGCCGCGCAGGUGCCGACAUCAUCAUCACUUACUACACGCCUCAGCUGUUGCAGUGGCUGAAGGAGGAGUGAUGGCGGCCGUGCACAAGACCAAUAGCUAGAACUUUUCAAAGGUCCCGGGGCAUUGGAGAAGUGAAAACCAAAGUAAAUGCUGCUUUAGAACUGUGCCCUCACACCCUCUUCCUACUCACGUGCUGGCCAGCGCCCAGCAGCCCUGGGGGCUUUCUGUCAGCCUGCGCCCUCUCACCACGCGAGCCUCCCGGGCUCCCCCAGCCUUCCCCAUCCCUCCCCUGGCUCAGCCCCGAGGCUCACCUCCAUUACCCCAGCUCCUCCUCUUGGUGUGGCCUCAGCUUGAAAGCCACCAGGAGGUAAGGGCUCAGGCUUGGUGGGGCCUCACAGAGGGGCUUGGAGCAUUAGGGGUAUAGGAGGGCAAGUGACAUCUUGUAUCAUAAAAAGCUCCAGAAACCCCGAGGCCUCUGGCACCAGAGCUGGGCACCGGGACAGAGGCCUAGAAUGACAUCUCCAGGUUUAGAGUUGAGAUGUGCCUCAAUUCCACUGGAAGGUGAUUCCCACACAGGCCCAUGUUGGCAGGCUACCUGAGCUCUCCUGUUCUGUUCUCAGCCAUAGACCCAAAGAAGACUUAACUUGUUAAUGAGCACAAACGUUGCCUGAGGAUCAAAAUUGAGAAGCAAGUAGAGAGUUCCUGACUGUUGGAGAACUAGAAGCCAGAAAGGCUUUUUUUUUUUUUUUUUUAAGAUUUUAUCUAUUUAUUUGACAGAGAGAGAUCACAAGUAGGCAGAGAGGCAGGCAGAGAGAGAGAGGAGGAAGCAGGCUCUCUGCUGAGCAGAGAGCCCGAUGCGGGACUCGAUCCCAGCACCCUGAGAUCAUGACCCGAGCCGAAGCUUAACCCACUGAGCCACCCAGGCGCCCCCAGAAAGGCUUUUCUGUUGAAGAGAAUUUUUGACAACAUCUGCUUGGUGCCUCGACACAGUGCUGGGUACUGGGCUAUAGCAGGAUGGAUCUCAGCCUGUCUCUCUGUGUGGAAUCACUGCAGGGAGAACAGGAGACAGAUGACAAUAAGAAAACAAAGCAAUUACAAAUUGUAAUUCGUGCUUUGAGGGAAAGAAAGGGGCUUGACAGAAUAACCAACCAAGGGUGUCUCUUGAGAGGGUGGUCCAGAAGCCCUCCCUGAGGUUGAGGGACAAGAAAGGAUCCUUCCAGAGAGCAGAGGGAAAGGCAGAAGAAGCCACAAGAAUUACACAAACUGUGCAAAGGUCCUGUGGUGGGAGGAGCUUGGCAGAGCUUCUGGGAGCGGGGUGAGGAAGCAGAGGGGGUGAUAGGACUGGAGGUUGGAAAGGUAGGCUCUGCAGGCCUACCUGUAGGAAGCUCGGUCUUACUUGGCAUUGGGUAGAAAGCGAUCUGCAGGAUUCUUAACUAGAAGUUAUGUGUGUUCCACUUUUUCACGCUCUGCUGCUGUGCAAAAAGGGAAGGGUAAGCAAGAAAGAGACUGGUUGGGAGGCUCUUGGAGACCCCACAGAGCAUCGACAGUGGCCUGGACUGGGGUGGCAGUGGGGAGAGGAGGAAGUAGAGGUAUUCAGGAUAUGUUCUGGAGCCAGAAUGAGCAAGUUUUACCUGAACUGUUAACCAGGGAACAGGAAGAAACAAGGAUGGCCUCAUGGGUUUCUGGCUUGAGCCCCUGGAUGAGUGCUUUCUUCCAAGACUCACAUCAUGUCUCCCGUAGUAAAAGUUAAGGCCCUACCUAAAGGGCCCACCUGCAGAGUUACAAAUCCCAAAUCUAGGGCCAAAGCAAGCUCAAGUCCGACCUUAAGCAGUACAAUGCAUUUUAAAAUGUAGAAUUCUUAACCCCCAGCAGAGCUCCUCUAGUGAGACCAGUCCCCUCUGACUCCCUGUUGUCUUCCUCAGCGCUGCAGCUGACUGGGGACCUGAUCUCACCCUGUCCUCAGCAUUUGGGGAGGUAGCCAGUCAAAAUCAGGGCUUGAAGAGGCAUAAAUAAAGCUUCACCUUCCAAGGAGCCUGAGCCUGUAACUCCCACCUGAAGGCCCCAACACUAAUGGGAGAUGAGUCACUGAUGGGCCUCAGGGCUCUGACCAGACCAGAAUGUUUGGUCAUGUUAGCUUCUUAGCUUCUUGUCUCCUGGCCCUUCGGUCCCCCGGUCCCUGAGCUCAUUUUUGGUUAGUGGGGAAGGGAAGAUUCUUCAGGGCCAUCCCAGACUCAUCAUUGCCAAGGUAAUGUGGAGCCUGGUUCUUGUAGGCGUAGAGACAGGAGACAGACCUUGCUCUUUAGGUAUAAACCCUACGGGAGGCAGACAGCUGCAUGUGACCAGACCCCCAGAAGUAAACGUUAAGUGGGCUGAGGAGGAGUCUCCCUGAGGAGAACCAGGAGGCAGAUUGUGUCACAGUGACGGGAUGACAGGUGCUGUGAAGGAGGUCACCAGGACCUGACUGGGUUUGAAGGAUCAGAAAAUGCUUCCCUGAGAGGCUCUCAUUGAAGCCUUGACCUGAGGGAUGAGCAGCCAAGCUAAGAGCAUUCCGGGCAGAGGGAACUCUCUAGAGUGAGCUGGAAGAACACAAAGCAGAUGUGGCUGCAGCAGAGUGAAGCAUGAAGGAAGAGAUGGCCUGAACUGGAAAGGGAGAGAGAGAGCAGGCCCAAACCAGGCAGGACUCAAAAAGCCAUGUUUAUGGAAGAUGGGGAGCCUUUCCAGAUUUUAUUCCAAGAGAAAAGCCAUUUGAAGGAUUUUAAGCAGUGGAACAACUCGCUUUGGUUUUGCGUUUUAUGAAAACAUUUGACAGCACUGGCGAAGUGCAGAUGGGAAAAUGUGUAACCUGGACUCCAGUGGUGACUUUAGGGUGGGAGGAGGUAGAUUAGAUGGGAAGGAUGAACUUGGCUUGAGUCCUGGUGGCUGGUAGGACAUAUCCUAGAUGGGAAAGCUUGGAAGAGAGGGUAGAGUGGGAGUCCUAAAUUUAGCCUGGGUCUGCAAUGAGGGAGCUGUAUCUAGAGAGCUUAUGACUCACCUAAGGCCCCUCAACUAGUUUAUGGCAGAAUUGGGUUCAGAACCCUGUCACUGAGCCAUCAGAGCUAGGAUUUGAGCCCACAUAGUUCAACUUCAGGGCCUCUACACUUAACCCUGUGCCAUACCAUCUCCCAAUAAACAGUUGCCAAAUUAGGGACCUAACAUGAUGCUGUUAUAAUGGGGUACACCAAGGGCUGAAUUGCCUCAGGCAUUAUGGUCUGUGUGACGUGGCGCCCUCUGGAGUCUGGAUUAGUCACUGGCGAUGCCAGUCAGUGUUCCAGCCCCUUGUUUUGUGUACAGACAAUGGCCAGGCAGGAAAGCUGGAAGGGUGUGGGCGGUCCUGGGGGAUCUUGUUCCUUCUCAGUCCCUGUCUCUUGCUGCGUGCCCUCUUCUCACUAGUGGUACUUUUAUGCUUGUGCAGAGAGAGGACACAGCUUCUGCAAUUGGCAAGGCAUGUUCUCAGAAUUCCAAGCAUCACAGACAACUGGGGAGCAUUCAGGAUCUCUCAGUGAGACUUGACUAGUUCCCUAUGAUGUGCCUGCUUAGACAGUAGCUUGUCUGUGUCUUAUAGGACCUUCCUGGAGGCCACAACAAAUAGCCAUUAUGUUCCACCGACCUCACUUUUUUAUUAUGACCCCUAAAACUAUAGCCUCGGUGGGCAUACGGCUGAGGGUCUCAACAAACAGGCAUUUUAACCACCACUUUACUACCAAUUUCCCAACUAGGAAAGGAGGAAUCCUGACCUGCCCCAUACCCCACAUGGACUCUGCCGGUUCCAUGAAUUAGGGCAUGUGAGUUGCCAUACCCCAUAUUCUGUCAUUCCACAUAUUUUGCAAGUUGCAGAAAUCCAGUUGAGUAGCAAAAAAAAGGAAAUGAUUGUCUUUAUAACUGGACUUCAGCAAGGUCAGGUGUGGUGGGGUCUAGGGCUAUAGGCUGUCAUGGAGGCUGUGUCCCUUCCUAGUUCUUACAUAUUUGUCUCAGCUUGGCUUUAUUCUAAGAUGGCUUUUGCCACUUGACAGCCACAUGAUCUUUAUGACUUAGAAUCCCAAAGAAAGAUCAUUUCCUGUCAUCAUGACAAAUGUCUGGAGGUCUCUGAUUGGCCCUGCUCAUGUCACAUGACCAGCCUCUUAAUCACUGUUAAUCCUUGGCAUGUGAGAUACGGCACCAUAAUUGACCAGGUCUGCUUCAUUACCUCGUUACACAGAAGUCUGGUGGAGUCUCCAAGCUUUGCAGGUCCCCUUUUCCUGGAAUGCCUUUCCCUCAAAUCUGUGUGGUAGUCUCCUUUUUAUUGCUAAGAUUGUGGCUUCCUCAUUGCUUUCUCAAAAACCCUACCUGGUCAAUUUAAAGUGAGUCCCCAGUUACUCUGUAUUAGUCAGGAUUCAAAUUCAGUAGUCAUAAUAAGCAAAAAUAAUGAUAGUUAAAGUGGAAAUGUUUCUCUCCAAGCAGUCCAGAUCGUGUCAGCUACAUGGUGUGCUGGGUCCUGGUUCCUGCCUUGUUCUGUCCUCCUCAACACAUCUUGGCUUCCAUCUUGUGGUCAAAGAUAGCAAGUCCAGUUCCCACCACUAGCUCCUCUCUUCAGUCAGCAGAAAGAGGAGAGUGGCCAAGUGGAGGACAUGAUGCUUCUUUAUAAGGUCACAACCUGGAAGUUGCACAUAACACUUCUGUCCAUAUGCUCUUAUCUGACCUUAGUCACAUGGCCACACCUAGUUGUAUAUGGGGUGUUGGGAGCUAGAGUCUAGGGGGGCAGCCAUGGGCUCAGCUAAACUCAGGGGUUCAGUUACAAAGGGAAAAGGGUAAGAUGGAGAUGGGGCCAAAUGGCUUCCCCACCACGUGAAGUUUUGUAACCUCUACAGAAACAAUGGUCAGAACAUCAAAGAAGUCUUCAGAGAGGUCUAGUUCAACACUCAACACUCAUUGUGAAGAUGGGAGACAGACCCAGAAAGGGAACUUGUUCAAAUUCACACAAGCCAAUGACAAACCAAGUCUGGAAUUCAGGUCUCUAAACUCCAUGCCCAGUGCUCAAACCCGGGGAAGGGAUCAAUUUUAAGGGGACUUCAGCUUUUCAUGUGUUAUCUUAGCUUCAGAUGCAUUUUUAUAGUCAUAUAUCUAACAAGGGUGUAUUCAUGCUGUUUGUGUAAAUAAAAAUAAAUGAAAACAUGACCAAUGCA